GGGUGGAGGGGUGGUGCGAAGAGCGGCAUAAACGCGCAUGCGUUCCGCUGAGGCGGACCGCACCAAUGAGAGUGCGAACCGGUCCGAGCGCCCGAGCGAUGAGCAGGCCAGGCCUGCGCAGUGAAGCCUGGAAGCUCCGGUGACGAUGUCUGGUGGAAUAUUCUCCCCUUUGGAUAACCUGUAUGAUUUGGACAAUGCAAAUUGCCACCCCCUGGUCUGUUAUCUCUGCUAUGAACAGUAUGAACAUCCCUGCCUGCUGGACUGCUACCAUACCUUCUGUGCAACCUGUCUGCGGGGCAGGGCUACAGAAGGACGCCUCUUGUGCCCUCUCUGUGGACGCAUGUCAAUUGUGAAGGGCACCAGUGGACUCCCAAAGGUAGAUCGAUUGUUGAAAUUCCUGGUCGACAGCUCAGCCGACUGUGAGGAGAUUGUGCAGUGUGCAAACUGUGACCUAGAGUGCAAGAAGCAGGACGCAGAUUCCAUGUUUUACUGCAACACCUGUAACCAACCGCUCUGCAGCUCCUGCCGAGAGGAUACCCACAGAGCAAAAAUGUUUGCCCGGCAUGAAAUUGUCACUCUCGCCAAACGUACCAAGGAGCUGCACAAAAAGUGCCCUCUUCAUGAAGAACCAUACAUCAUGUUCUCAACAGAAAAGAAAUCCAUGCUCUGCAUCAACUGCUUUCGGGACAUGCAAGUUGAGAGCCGAGCCCACUGCAUCGACAUUGAGACUGCCUACAUGCAAGGUUGUGAGAAACUGGACCUAGCUGUGAUGGCAGUAAAAGAGCUUCAGACAUCCACACGAGAGGCCAUCAUCCUUCUAAAAGCCAUGAUAGAUGAGGUGAGACUCAAUGCCAAUGAAGAGGAGUCAGCCAUUAGUUCAUUAUUCAACAGUAUGCAGGAAAAGUUAGCUGAAAAGAAGAAAAUGUUGCUCAAAACUGCUCAAAACCAACAUGAAGAGAAAGAGAAAGCUUUCAAAGAACAGCUUUCAAAUAUGGCUGCACUCCUACCCACUCUUCAAGUCCAUCUCGUCACCUGUUCUGCUUUCCUCAGCUCUGCCAAUAAGUUUGAGUUCCUGGACUUGGGCUAUCAACUGAUGGAAAGGCUCCAGAAGAUUGUUAAACUCCCCCAUCACUUGAGGCCAACACAAAGCAGCAAGAUCAACACAGAGUACAGGUCAGAGUUUGCAAGAUGUCUUGAACCUCUGCUCUUCCUGAGCCAACGGCGUUCCGGAUCAGUGACAGGCGGCGGCUCAGGGACAGGCAUUAACAAUGGAUCCGGAAUGAACCUAGUGGGAGCAAACGCAUUUCCAGCCUCUGGCUCUCCUGCAUCCCUGAGGGACAUGUCCCUGACAAAUGCUGUGACGUGCAAGCCUACCUCCCAUCGCUACAUCAGCACCAAGGUCCUGCUGGCAGAGGGAGGGCACAGCCCCUUCAUGGAGCAUUGCCGGAAUUAUGAAAAUACUUUCAGGGCCCUACAGACAGAACUUCAGACACUGAAAGACCAGGUGCAAGAGAUGCACCGUGAUCUGACUAAACACCACUCACUCAUCAGGACAGAUGCAAUGGGAGAGAUCCUACAGAAAUCCCUGCAAAUGGACACUCAGAUUUCCUCCCAAUACUCCUCUGUGGAGACCAUGAGGACUAUGUUUGAAGAGGUUUGGGAGGAAACCUAUCAGAGAGUUGCAAACGAGCAAGAGAUUUAUGAAGCACAACUUCAUGAUCUGAUGCUACUCAAGCAAGAAAACCUGUACCUAACGACAAUCACCCGCCAAAUCAGCCCAUACAUUCGCUCGAUUGCCAAAGUGAAGGAACGCCUGGAACCCAGACUUAAAGAGCCAAAGGAAGUGAAGGAUGACAGAACAGAUAACAUGUUGAAGAUUUAUGAUGAAGGCUCUAUUAUGACUUCAGAUGGGCAGUACAGGAAUGACCUCGCUUGCAUGAGUGAAGAUAAAGAAAAACAGAUCGACAACAAGGACAAGGUUAUUGACAACCGAACUCUAAAUAUUCUGUCGGAGGAUUCGGAGGUGAAAUGCAAAGACUUGUGUCGUACAACAAAACUGAAAAGUGGAUUGGACACCCCUGACAGAAAGGAGAUCACUUUAUAGUACAUGAGCACUAAGAGACGUAUCCUCCAGUUAAUAGUGACAGCUGCAGAAUGUAAAUACAACAUAUUGACUUCACCAUGGCUUUGGAAGCUGUUCACUAUUCUUUAACAACCACAGAUCUGGUUCACAACAUUAUGCUUAAAUACAAAUCUCAUAGUUAAAAACAUAGAUAUUUGGUUCCAUUAUCUUUCAGCAGAGAAUAAAACCUAAGAGAUGAUGUCAGUUUGCUCAUAAUGCUUGUUUGAUAUUGCUCUGACCACUCUUAUGUUUUAUGCUUUCUUACAUUUCUGGUCUCGUCAUUACUUAUUUGAACAAAGACAUGAUUUACAGGAUUCUUCUACAUGGAGCACCAACAAAAUGAAGUGAUAACGUUGGGAAGUGCUCAGAUUCAACAGGUAGUUAGGAAGGAAAACAUUACGUUGGCCAAUAAAGUGAGACAAGUGACUACAACAGUUGAGAUGUCUUACUCCAGUUAUGUAUAUAGAUCCUUACCCAGGAAAAUACUUACAAGAAAGUGUAUGUAAAUGAAAGUUUACCAGAUUGAUUUGUGAGGAGGCGAGUUUGUCAAAUGUAGAGGCACUAAAUAGACUUCAAAAUUAUUCAGGGGCAUGAGAAGGUAGAUGUGAAGUCAGUGUUAUCCUUGGCUAGAGGGUCUCAAACACAAGAGUCAAAAUAGGAGAUCUGCCAUUCCUGGAAGUUUAUUCAACCAAAAGGUAAUAAAUCUUUGGAAUUCACUACUCAAGAGGGAUGUGGAGCUUCAACUACUGAGUAUAUUCAAUAUUGAAAAGUCAAUUGACCUUUCUUAGUCAAGGGAUAUGGGGUUAGUGUGUGAAAUUGAUACUGGGAUAAAAGACCUCUGCAGGUAUUAGGCACUGAAUGAACUUCUGUUUAUAUAUUUAAUUAUGAUAUUUGAAAACAGAUGGUUUUAAAAAAUACAUCAUCUCCUCCCUUGAACCACAGACUUUUAUUAGUGCUUCAGGAGAUUAUGUGGCUGUGACAAUGGGCAGGUGUUGCGAAUAUGUGGAAGGAGAAAUAUUAAGGCCCUAAUAAUUUGCUUCAUGCAAUAUCUAGUCCCUUUUUCACUCCCCAAUGUUACAUUCCUACUGCUUGUUACUAUUAUUCUACAGAUAAGGCCAAGAGGUAUGCCAGUAGGUAGUUUAAGAAUUCUAAUGUAAACCUGAAGAGAGACUGAACACAAGGCACUGGGGUAGAAUCCUUUGCAACCAGCUUAGUUUUACUGUCCAUUAAUUUCAAAGGAGUCUGAUUCAUAUGCUGCCUGAUUAGACAUCUGAUCCAUUCCGCCUCAUUCUUCUCUGGUGUACUUAAGUUAAAAUUGGGGCUCAAAUAUCAGCAAAGAAUGCUAAUGGCCAGUACAACCAAGUCUGACCAUAUCAUCAACAGAUAUCCUGGUAGUAUAUUUGCAACAAGUCUUGCUAGAUGAUGCUUAAGAGUAAAUGUGCUCAUUUUUCUCCAUACAUUCCUCAUCUUCCCCCUCCCAUGUGCAUACAAUGUGAGCUGAAUAGCUUCACUAUUACAAAUACCACAUAGCAUGAACUUAGUUAUAAAUGAUCAUCCAUAAAGUAACUAUGUCAUUCAUAACAGAAUAUUACUGACUUUGGUUGUAUAAAGCCACAACUAACAAGGUAUAUACCCGACAACAUGGAGUGUGUGCAUUUAAAUACAAUAAUGAAGCAGCAAAUAGCAAAGAGUACAGAUUGAAAAUGCUGUUUAAACUAAAAUAGGAAAAAAUGUGUUGAAAAAGCACAGUUCAAUUAUCAUCUGGAAAGAAAGAGACCAGUUCAUGUUCCAGGUGUAAAUAGAAGCGAGUCUGAUGAAGGACACAACCCCUAAGUAUCAACUUUUUUUCCCCUUUCUAAACUUUUGUGUAUCUACAGUAUUAUCUACUUUUGUCAGUAAAGAUUAACAGCAAAACAGGCUACUGCAAAACAUCUUGUACAAGUGGAACAAUUAAAUUGAAAAGUUUUUUUAUUACUCCUUGGUGACUUAAGGAUAAAGUUUACAUGAAUAAAACAGAAAAGUUUACAAAUCAGUAAAUUGUCUCACCCGCUUCUCCCUCUUCCUGAAAUUUCGGUCCUGCUCCCUUCCAGAAGCCUCCAUAGUUUUCACAUGCAAAUUACACAUUGGAUGUUUUUCCACUUCUGGGAAUUAUGGUAUUCCAUAUAAAUUCCUGAAAGCCACCAUAGGGUGUGAACCUCAUGUUGGUAGCUACGUUUCAGUGGUUGAAAUAGAUGUCUUCUGAUUAAAUACUACCAAUAAAACUGCUUCAUAAACAUAAUUUUAUAUCUUUAGAACUUUUUCUAAGAUGUUAAAAACUUUGAAAUUGCCUCCACUUGUUCAUAAGCAAAGAAAUAUCUGCGAGUUAUCAAUAUUUAAUGAGUCAUUGCUGUUACUAAAAAAUUUUCACAUGAAAUCAUUGUGAUGUUGACUGUGUUACUUAAAUAUUUCAACAGCCCUUUUAUGAAUUAUGUAAAUGAUGGGCUUGCUUAAGUCUAAGUGAAAGAAACACAAAGAUAUUCAAGCUAUUGCUAUCGACAUGUUUCCUUUCUGUUUAAGAUGUUCAUAGUAACUUUUGCAUGACAUAAUUUAUUGAAGUCGGAAAAUAUCUCCACUAACUUAAUUUUCAUAAAAAAUAAGUAUUUUGUCAGAAGAGCUUUAGGCAGGAUGGUGCCUGAAUUAGAGGGCAUGAGCUACAAAGAGAUUGCAUAAACCUGAGUUGUUUUCUCUGGAGAGUUAGAGCCUGAGAGGUAGCCCAAGUUUUGGAAUUGUGAUUUUAAGAUUAUAUCCCUCAUCCUAGACUCUAAUGCCAUUACAUAAACAAGCUCAAUUCAUGGCCUAGAGAAAAAUCUUGAUCCUAACUGUCCAGUCAAGUAAAAAAAAAUACCAGAGAAGAAUGAGCACUAGGAUUACUUUUUUCUUGAAAUGAAGGUGUAAAUUGACAGGGUUUUAAAAAUUGUGCAGAGGCUUGAUGAAAUUGGCAAACUUGUUUACACUCAAUUGUAUCCUAAAACUAGAAAUAGAAGAUCAUCACUAAUAAAUCAAAGAAAGAACUUAGGGUAAUUCUCUUCACUCGGGGCAAUACUACAUGGAAUGAUUGAAUGGAUGCACUCAAGGGAAGCUAGAUGUAUGGAUGAAUGGCCAUCUUCUAUGCUGAAAAUCCUGACUCUAGCUUACUUUGUGUUCUGUGCUGAUUCUGUCCAUACCUAGCUGAAAAGUGCACAACCAGUGUUGGUAGAAUGAGACUUGGAGGUAAAGUGUGCACUAUAGUUGAAAUCAUACUGCAAUGACAGGAGUUUGUAUAAACAAUCAUUUGGUGAGGAAUUGGGAGAUGUUGUAGGUGUUGGUACUGUAUCUCAAUGAAGAAUUAAUGCUGAAGAAAGUGAAAAAUCAAAGGGUCAACACUAAACUGGGGGAUAUGCUGCAGGCACCAGCUCCUGUUUGCAAGCUAAUAAUUUUGACACUUGCUGCCUCAAUAAAGGACUGUGUAACCUAAAUUAGCACCUGAUUCAUUCAUUGACAUUAUUUGAACUAAAACAGUUGAAUAUUUAUAACUUUCAAAGGCAAUAAAUGUUUGCUGUGACAGCAUCUGCCACAUCCUGAACACAAGACAGUUAUUUGAAUGGUGCGGAUUAACACAGGCUGUUCCAUCUUUCCCCAGCUUCUACACAGUAUAUACUGUAUGUACACAAAUUCAAGUGCACAAAUCUUAUCUAAGGUUUCUUUAACUAAUGGAUACCAUAGCUAAUUGCAGUUUACCUACAACGAGUCUAAAAAUCAAAAGGCUUGCACCUUGAUGGGCUGCAGCCUUUACCAGUUAUGUAAGCAGAGGAACAAGUCCAUUGUUUUUUCAAUGUAACUUACUGUAAUAAUGUUAAAGCACCAAGUAAGAUCAUUGUAUUAUUAAAAAACUAGGCACUGAUUUGUUUGACUCAAGUUCACUAAUCUUUCCUGUGGUUUUCCAUUUAGCUCAUCUUGCAAUCUUCCUUUUUAUUUCUAUCUUUACGUCACAGUCAUUCCAGGAGAUAAAAAGGUGAAAAGGAUUGCCUUCAGCAGUCCUUCCCCUACAAUGCACUUCAGCCAACACUAAAUCAAAAGUUUAAUAUUGGUCUGCCUACUCUGGACAUGACUGCAGGCUGGAUUACCCCUUUGAUACAACAAAUUCACGAUAUAUGCUGGUGAUAUUAAACCUGAUUGUGAUUCAGAUAAAUUUAUUUUCUGCCUCUCAACAUAACAACACAUAACAAAUAGUUAACGACCCCAUCUCGUUUAUCCAUCCUUUCAUGCAAGCAUAUCUGCCGCAGAGUGAUCUAACUAAUCUGCCUCCUGUUCAGCCAUCCAUUGUCCCAUCAGUGGAAUCGAUAAUUGUCUGUAACUUCAGUACUUGCAUAGAGCUAGUUUGAUAAGCCAUUCAAUCCAUCUGUUCUGUGCUAGGGUCUAUAUUUUAUGCAAACCUCCACUGGAGUUAUCUCCUUUCAACCAGUACUUGCAGUGAUUUCAAAUACACGCACAGGUUGGGCAUCCAAAAGUGAGCAACUCGCCCACUACUGCUCUGAAGCUUUUCCAUCAUUUGAAGCAUGGGAUUGAAGUGCGAUAGAAUACUCUAUGUCUGCACAGAUGAAUGCAGUUCUCAACAUACAAGAGAUUUCACAAUAUUCAGAAAAUACCUGCCCAAUUCAUUAGCUCUUUCUUCUUCUUCACCUUUUGGAAUACCUGUGGAUUCUGCAAGAUGUAGUAAGUCUGUAAAGCUUUUACAACAGCAAUACCUAAAUGCAUGAACUCUACUGCCUUGAAGGGCAAAGGCAGUGGGCACAUGGGAUUACCUUAAGGAAAAUGUCCUCUCAUACAUGAACUAUACAUUGAAUCUGUCCAGUCAACAUCCUAAAACCCUCUGCUAAUCACAAUGGGUUAGGUAUCUUCACCUCUUCACUUCAGAAGCUCCAGUAUGUCUCACAACCAACUUCUCAACUGUAAUCAAUGAAGGGGUUUAAAUUGAUAUUAGAAGUAUAAGCAGAUAUCAGCAAUACUCUACAAAGUAUUAAUGCAUCAGUGUUCAUUACAAGAGUUUAAAUGUGAAAGGCCACUCAAAGGAGUUACUGGACUAUAGCUGUAACACCCUUAGAUGUUAUGCUACAAGCAAAAGCUUCUUUUCAGAAAAUGUGAAACUUUAAUUAUUUCUUUACUCCUAUCCCUCUCAAUUGCAAUACACCAAUCCAAGGUCAUAGAGGCCAACAAUAACAACGCAACCAAUUUAUUCACCAAAUCAAAAAAUUAAAUUUCAUGUGUACAGCAGCUAAUCAUUAGCAGCUUUUACAGUUCUAACCUAUCUGCUCCCAAAAUGUCGCCCCCCCAAAUUCAAGCCCAAUUAUAUUUUAAUACUCAUUAGAUUAGUUUUACAAGGGUUUUCCAUCCCACAAAAGUAACUUGUUCUCUCUCUCUUCCCCAGUUGUGCUGGAGGCAAGUACAUUAGGGACAUGUAAGAGACUCUUUAGAUGGGCACAUUGAUGAAAGUAAGCUGGAGGGCUAUGUGGAAGGUACUGUGCUGCAUGGUUCCCUGUUUUAUAUUCCGAUGAAAGGUCUACUCUUUCUGCAGACGUUGCCUACCCAUAGUUUCCAACAUUUCCCUUUAUUUCAGGUUUCCAGGAUCUGCAAUUUCUAAAAUACCCUUCCUUCACAACUUCACUCAUCGCAAAAAUUUUCAACGAGCCCACUUUUUGAAAAUUUACAAACUUUGUCCUUCAACACAUAUUGUCUAAAGUUUCAUCUUUAAAGGCCUCAAACAAAUGUACACUAUUUUUCUAAAUCACAAUUAUCCAAUCAGAACAAUGAGAAUGGAGUUACCUUACAGUAAUUUGGACAGGCCAUUAGUGAACCUUUCAUUUUCUCCUGCCUGACAUGACAAACCAUGAGACAAGUUAUUGUAGGCGUGAAACAGCACAUUAACAAUUUCAGCAGUACAAGCUCUGUUAGAAACACACUGAAAUAUUCCCUUCACUAUACUUCCGGCUGUUGCGCCUUUGCUCUUUAACACAGGGGUUCCCAACCUUUUUUAUGCCAUGCAGCAAUAACAUUAAACAAUGGGUCUGUGGAACCCAGGUUCAGAACCCCUGCUGUCAUAUAAAUUACACCUUUGUGCACUCGCAACAACCAACCCCCUUGAGAAUUAUUAGCUCGUUUUAAAAAUCACACCUGUGACAGUGGUGAAGUGGUAUCUCCACCUGGACUUUGGAACAAGAGGUCCCGGGUUUGAAUCCGGCUGGCUCCUUGCACACUUUCCAUCCAUGGUGGGUUAAGCGUCGAGCUAACAACUUGGCCUCGUAAAAAAAAAAGUUGCUAAAGAAACAACAAGGUUGCUGCCUGAUACACCAAACAAAGCAUGGGGAGGUACUUUUCCUUUACUUAUCUUUAAAAAUAUCAUAGAAUAAAAGGAUGGAGGUUAUUCAGUUUACAGUAUCUGUGCUCAUUUAUUUGAAAUACUCCCUUUCUCCGAACUCUGGAUAAAAUAUUGUUCAUUUUCUUAAAUAUCUGCCUUAGUAUUCUUUUGUUAGAUAACACCAGUGAGGCAUAAAUACAUUUUCCUACACUUAAAGAUGCCACACAAAAGCUGCUGUUAAUGGUUCAAGCUUCGCAAGACAAAUACUAAAUUGGGAUAUGGGCUAACGUCAAUGGGAAACUGUUCUAAUGUUCUUUGGUCCAGGGCAAGAGGGUCAGGAAAGAGACAAGAGAAACAGAUCAGAAUCAGACAACUUCAAAAGAUCACAGAUUAUGCUCUGAUGCAUGUCUAUCUUUAAUUUACAAGAUAUGAAAUGAUAGACUCCAAAAGGAAAUGUGGCUCAUAGCAAAUUACCUCAUUUGUGCAUUUGUGGACAUGUACCAACUCUGCUGAUGGUAACUUGGGGUUAGAAUUGAAGUGAUAGAAGAACAUGACCAUGCUGCCACAAAAUCUAGAAAGCAGUGAGUCUGCAUGCACAGUGUAAGAGAUAGGUUAAUAUUUUAGGUAAACACCUGUUUUUAUUUAAGAUUUCCAGCAUUUGCAGUUUUUAUCCCCAUAUUUAAAUAUGGUAAUACUGUUCCCAUUCUCCCUCAAUGGUGUAGAGGUAACAAAAAAGUGGUGAUCAAUUUUAUAUCUAUUUUUCUCAAGGUGAAGGAUGAGAAAAGAGACAGUUUCAGUUCAGGCACUCAAAGUAACCAUUUAGUGGUUCUAGGUCAGGUACAGCACGCAACACAGCUCCCUCAAAAACACCCCGACGAUGACUCAGCUCCAAAUCUCAGAUGCUUGCUCAAAUAUGACCACUUCUAGCUCAAUUCUCUUGUGAGAAAGCCUAUUUAGUGGCCAAUUCAUCCAAAAUGAGAGGCAAAUUAUGAGAAAUAGGCCCAUGCUUGGUAGGAAUUGAGUUGAGACAUCAAUUUUAUGAAGGGUGGUUGGUAAAGAAAACUUUCAAUCCAUCACCCUGGUUGCUUACAUAACCAGGAUCCAGGUGUAAAGCUGGUCCUUCGUCAUUGUAUAAAUAAAAGCUCAACAUAAAAUAUCACUAAUUUCAGCAUCUUCCUGAAUAAAAAGUAACAGAUUCUGGUCAAGACAAAAUAAAGCAAAUCCAUCUUUUUUUUAAAAAAACAAACUAUGAUUAUCUAUGUUUAUAGUAAGACUGAUAUUUAUGUAAUUUACCUUUCCUGAUACAGUAUGUUGGUACAUUACAAUAAUGCAUCUUCCCUAAAAUAGUAUAAAGCAGCCCUCCUGGAAUUGUUUUUGGUCAUAAAGAGUCCUUAUAUGAAAUACAAAGUCUAUAAUGAAUGGCUUUGUCAAAGCAAUAGCUGGAGUGAGUGGCCUCUAAAAUUUGCACUGUGUAUUUCAGUUCCCACUAUCCACAGCAGUGCUCCUUUACAGAUUUGCCCUCUGCAGCACCACACCCUUGCUCUAACAGAUUGAAGCUAGCUAAGAUAUUCUCAACAGCAACAGCUGAGGAACUCUUCUCAAGAUUGAAAUCAAAUAUUGAGGUGCUAAGGGUUAACAGCAGCCUGCUGUCAGCUCAUUUGAUUGUACGUUUCUUUCUUAUUGUCCCUUUUCACUUCAUGGUUCUAAUUUUGCACCUUUGAUGAAGGGAAGUCGUGUUGGAAUCUGUUUCUUAUACAGUUCAUAGUC